UUCCGAAAAAUGGACAGACCUGCGAGGUCAAGACUGGCUUCCCUCGGUGACUUUCAGUUUGGAGCUGUCACCACGGAGACCAUCGAAGAUGCUCUGCUGCACUUGGCGCAGCAGAACGAGCAGGCGGUGCGGGGGGCCGCCGGCCGCAGGGGCGGCUUCCGAGACGCCAGGAUCGUGGAGUUUGUUUUUCUCCUGUCUGAACAAUGGUGUCUGGAGAAAUCUGUAAGCUAUCAGGCUGUAGAAAUCCUAGAAAGGUUUAUGGUAAAGCAGGCAGAGAAUAUUUGCAGGCAAGCUACAAUCCAGCUGAGUGAUAAGACACAGCCUCAGAAUUGGAAGGCUCUGAAAGAGCAGCUUUUCAGCAAGUUUAUCCUGCGACUUGUGUCAUGUGUUCAGCUGGCAAGCAAACUUUCCUUCCACUACAAAAUAAUUAGCAAUGUUACAGUCCUGAAUUUCCUCCAGGCUCUAGGGUAUCUGCACACUAAAGAAGAUCUUCUGGAGUCAGAGCUUGAUGUUUUGAAGACCCUGAAUUUCCAAAUCAAUCUGCCUACUCCCCUGGCGUAUGUGGAAAUGCUUCUGGAGGUUUUAGGCUACAAUGGUUGUUUGGUCCCAGCCACACGGCUGCAUGCCACCUGCCUGACCCUGCUUGACCUAGUCUAUCUUCUUCAUGAGCCUUUGUAUGAGAGCCUGCUGAGGGCUUCAAUUGAGAAUUCCACACCCAGUCAGCUGCAAGGGGAGAAAUUUAUUUCAGUGAAGGAAGAUUUCAUGCUGUUGGCAGUGGGAAUCAUUGCAGCGAGUGCUUUCAUCCAAAACCAUGAGUAUUGGAGCCAGGUUGUGGAUCACUUGCAGAACAUCACUGGCAUCGCCUUGGAGAGCAUUGCAGAGUUCUCUUACGCAAUCUUGACUCACAGCGUGGGAGCCAGUACUCCCAGCCGACAGCAGCCCGUUCCUCCCCACCUGGCUGCCAGAGUUCUGAGAGCUGCUGCUUCGUCCAACACAUGAGGCUGGCUGAGUCUGCCAGAUAUAAACAGCCUUCUGCCACUGCAAUCAUCCCUCCCUUUUGUUUAUUUUCAUACUCCUACGAAAGUUGCAAAUGUCUUUUGAAUUGUAUUUUGUAUUCCAAUUUCAUGCUUAUUUCUCUGGAUCAGACAGACUUAAGGCAAACCAUGUCUUUUCUGUUGCAUUGGACUGAAAAUGUCAAAGAGCAGGGAGAAGACAGAGUAUCAGUCAAGUUGGAUUAUUUUUUAUUAACAAGUUAUUUGUGGCUUUUAUUUAACUGUUACUUUCACUGAAAACAUGAGACUUGGAGAUUAGUAUUAACCAAGGGGCUCUAAAAACAAGAUCAUUUGGGUGACCCUGACUGAACAUCAAGAAGGUAAACUCAAUUUUACCUUAAAGUUAGUUUAACAUCUCUGUCCUGUCAUUCAGUCUACAAAUAGGACUACCUCUAUUAGUCUGUUAUAUUAGUUGUCUUAAAAAUGAAAACUUAUCAGGGCAGGGGAGACAGCAUAAUGGUUAUGUGAAUGACUUUCAUGCUUGAGGCUUCAAGGUCCCAGGUUCAACCUCCUUCACCAGAACAUACCAGAGCUGAACAGUGCUCUAGUCUCUCUCUGUAUCUUUCUCUCUUUCAUUAAAAUGAAAAUAAACAAAUAAAUAAAAUUUACCCAUCAAUAAA